UGACGAAAUGACACAUCUGUUCCUAAACACAAAUAAAAGGUAUUUAUUAAAAACGUAAAUAUCCGCACGUGUGACUGAAAAAAUGACUAACCUACGAAAAGAACUAGAAAAAUGUAAACAUCCAAAUAGUCGGAAAACAAAAGCUUUAGGCAAGAAAGCAAGACGCCAGAAUAACAAACACAAAGCGCGUAUGGGUCAUGCAAUUAAAAGUAACAUAAUGGGCGAGAAAUUAAGUUGGUUUUUGGGACAAAUCGAUGAAGACCGAACGGAGCCACUAACACCACAGGAAUUUGAAGACCUCAUAGCUUUAUACCUCAAGCGUUUUGAUGAAGAACUUGAACAGAUUGCGCUUAAACAAUCAAUCAGCAAGAACCGCUCUAAACAGCAUGCAGCUCGGGAGGAUGUUAUCAAAAUUACUUUGGAAAGAGAGCGAAACGAGUACCAAAGUGGAGGCAUGGAGCUGCUAAACCUCUGCGAUCCUGUGAAAUUUAAAUCGCUAAUGGAUUGGGAUGGUAGUGCGCUUAAUGUUCAACAUUUGAAGCUAGAUCUUGUUUCACAUAAAAUGUUGCAACGUCUGAAAAGCACAAACACUAUAAAUAGCAAUGACCAUAAUACUGCUAAUGAAACAGCUCUUGCAGGGAGCAUAUCUAAUACGGAAGCCAUGGAAUUGGCUUAAAUAAAUGUAUUAUACUAAAAUGUA